AUGAAUUUUCCACUGAAUUCAUUUAUGAUGAUUCCUGACGGAACACGACGACAAGAAUUAAUUUUUCAAUUAAUUAAUCUACUCAAUAGUGUAAAAUGUACUUUAUUACAAAAUGAAGAUGAAAUUCUUUUUACUUUGAUUAAUCCAAAUCAACUUGGUUUAGAACAUCUUGAAGUAAUUAGUUCUCUUUCAAAAUAUAUUACUUAUCUCAUAAAAAUUUUCGAAUCUUAUCAACAAGAUGAAGAUCAAUUAAAUAAAAAAAAAAUCUCAUAUUUCAAUUGA